UUUUGCGAUGAAAACGGGAGUCUGGACCGAACCGAGCGUCCGGUAAAAUCGCGGGUGUCUCUGAGAGCGCCCAUUGUGCUGCCCACCCAGCGCCAAUGCACAUCAAACUGCUUAAGUGCAGGAGAGAGGCUGCAAGCGCCAGCUUUGAGCACAAAAAGCCACAUCCAACACAAAACCCCAGGGAUAUUGCCCUGCUGCUUUUGUAGCUUCACCGAAAAGUCUGCUAACCACCGCAGGAUGAAGUCACAACACAGACUGCACAGCUUUACCCUGCUGUUUUAACCUGUUCAUGUCACAAGCUCAGGAUUGCAACUGGAACUGGUUGUCUGGGGGCACACCCUAACUAAAAGCAGCAGAGCGAGAAGAGAAACUACGUUUUUCCAAUGUAAGGGAACCAAACUCAAGUCAUUUACCGAAUUGUUUAGCUCAGUCCUCACCCGAGGCGUUCUAAACACCCUGCUCUGCCUCGGAGGAGCUGCCUGGGGAGGGACUGAUACGCAAGAACAAGUCGCUGUUAAGGAAACUUCCACGAAGGCACGUCCGAGCCUGAGAUAAAGAUGAAAGAGAGGCAAUGAAAAUAACCCCGUGUUGCUAAGGCACGGUCUGAUAGAGUUUCUCAUUGAAAGAAUGUUGUACAAAUUGUCUUUUCCAAAACAUGAACCUAACUUAAAACUAAACAAAGUCUCCUCUGCCCUUGUUCUUUAAUGCAAAUGCUUGUUUUAAAGGUGGCGUUUUAUGUAACUCUCUGGUGUAUCUGGUGUCUGUGCUGCUCCCUCUUUCUUCUCUAAGCAAGUCUUUUGACCUAUUUCCAAGGAAAACAGAAACAAUGGAUCUGGUAGCCCUGGUUUCACUUUUAAAAAUCGUUUUCAAAUACUGAUUUUUCAUCCCUGGGAAGAAGGUUUUUGAUCUUUACAGCAGUGCCCAGACUUCUGCCUCCCCAGCUGGCAUACAUGCUAAGAGUAAAGGGAAGUGUAUUUGGUGCCAGCAGCAGCAAGUGCCUGGACUGUCCCUGCGGCCUGGGUGUGAUACUUAGGACACUGAUGAGCCAAGGAUCACACCCGAGCUUGAUAGUGCUACACCACCAAACACCUUCCUGAAAUGUGGCCUUUAUGGGCGAGUGCACUGCAGCUGCUAAAUGAGAAUGCUGCAGGUUUUUUCCUUCUCUCUAUGAACAUAAAGAACUCUUCUUUGCAGUUUCUUCUUUCACUUGAGCCAACGUUAAACUAAAAUACAGUGAACCUCUCUGUCUGAAAAGCUCCUGAGGAUGGAGCAGGCAGACCCAGCAGGGAAGCUAAAGUGCUGCAAGCAUGCAGCCAUUACUCAGAAAAAGCUGUCUGUUCACAUCCCUCUGUGACCAUCUCUUCAUUUUAAAGACUAACUACUUCCUUCUCCUCCUCUCCCCCUAGAAGAAAUGUUUUCUUCCCCAUUUCCUUUAACAGCUAAGCAAUGCAAUAGCAAAAGUAUUGAAACUCAGUCUGCUGAAUAAUAACUUAAUGAUGUGAACCCUGUUCUGUUCCUUUUGAAUGGAUGGCUGCUUUAGCAAGAGAGCUGCUGGGAUCUGCUCCCUGCUGUGAGGGAUGUGAGGAUGGAGAAACCUGGAUUGAAGCUGAACAGCAACCAGAGUGGUAGAAAACUGAACCAGAAUACAAGAAUGAGAAUCGGAGCACCUUGGAAUAGAUGCGAGCACAGGAUUCUGCUGCAGCCGCCUUGGAAAGCCAUGGCUGCUGCCCCGCAUCUCAACUCGGAUGCACUCCGAGAGGUCCUGGAAUGCCCUAUUUGCAUGGAGUCCUUCACUGAGGAGCACCUGAGGCCCAAGCUUCUGCACUGUGGGCACACCAUCUGCAGGCAGUGCUUGGAGAAACUUCUGGCAAACAGCAUCAAUGGGAUACGGUGCCCCUUUUGCAGCAAAAUCACACGGAUCACAAACUUAGCUCAGCUGACUGACAAUCUCACUGUGCUGAAGAUCAUAGACACCACUGGACUGGGGGAAGUGAUGGGUCUUCUCAUGUGCAAGGUCUGUGGGAGAAGGUUGCCAAGACACUUUUGCAAGAGCUGUAGCUUGGUUUUAUGUGAGCCCUGCAAGGAGACAUCACACAUGCCCCAAGGACACAGAGUCAUUGCUAUCAAAGAGGCUGCUGAGGAGCGUAGGAGGGAAUUUGGGACACGACUUGCCAGACUUCGGGAGCUUAUGGGUGAUCUGCAGAAAAGAAAAGCAUCUCUGGAAGGUGUUUCAAGGGACCUGCAAUCCAGAUACAAGGCAGUUCUGCAAGAUUACAGCAAAGAAGAGCGCAAGAUCCAGGAAGAACUGGCCAGGUCACGCAAGUUCUUCACCACCUCUUUGUCUGAGGUGGAGAAGGCAAAUAAUCAGGUAAUGGAGGAGCAAGCUUAUCUGCUGAACUUAGCAGAAGUGCAGAUAAUGUCUCGCUGUGACUAUUUCCUUGCCAAAAUAAAGCAGGGGGAUAUUGCCCUCUUGGAGGAGGCUGCAGACGAAGAAGAACCAGAACUCACAAACAGUCUCCCAAGAGAGCUGACUCUUCAAGAGGUUGAACUCCUUAAGGUGAGCCAUGUGGGACCACUGCAGAUUGGACAGGUGGUGAAGAAGCCCCGGACUGUUAACAUGGAGGAAUCACUCAUGGAAACUGCAGCAUCCUCGUCAGCAUCGUUUCAGGAGCCUGACUUGGUGCAAGAAGAGGCCAGCUGCACACCGAAUUCCUCACCAGCCAAGCCAAGGAUGCCUGAAGCAGCCACCAGCAUCCAGCAGUGUCACUUCAUCAAGAAGAUGGGCUCCAAGGGCAGCCUGCCAGGGAUGUUUAACCUCCCCGUCAGCCUCCAUGUCACCAUGCAAGGUGAGGUGCUUGUGGCAGACCGAGGCAACUUCCGAAUCCAAGUUUUCACCCGCAAGGGCUUUCUGAAGGAGAUCCGACGGAGCCCCAGUGGAAUUGACAGCUUUGUGCUGAGCUUCCUUGGAGCAGACUUGCCCAAUCUGACUCCCCUUUCUGUCACCAUGAACUGCCACGGCCUGAUAGGUGUGACUGACAGCUAUGAUAACUCUGUCAAGGUCUACACCAUGGACGGGCACUGCGUGGCCUGUCACCGGAGCCAGCUCAGCAAGCCCUGGGGCAUCGCCGCGCUGCCUUCUGGCCAGUUCGUGGUGACCGACGUGGAAGGAGGGAAGCUCUGGUGUUUCACGGUGGAUCGUGGCGUAGGGGUAGUGAAGUACAGCUGCUUGUGCAGCGCCGUGCGCCCCAAGUUUGUCACCUGUGACGCUGAAGGGACCAUUUACUUCACUCAAGGGCUGGGGCUCAACCUGGAGAACCGGCAGUACGAGCACCAUCUAGAGGGGGGCUUUUCGAUUGGCUCUGUUGGCCCUGACGGGCAGCUGGGACGCCAGAUCAGCCACUUCUUCUCUGAGAAUGAGGAUUUCAGGUGCAUCGCUGGGAUGUGUGUGGAUGCCAGGGGAGACCUCAUUGUGGCCGACAGCAGCCGUAGGGAAAUCCUGCACUUCCCUAAGGGAGGUGGCUACAAUGUCUUGAUUCGGGAGGGGCUCAUCUGUCCUGUUGGUAUUGCCAUUACCCCCAAAGGGCAGCUGCUGGUGCUGGACUGUUGGGAUCAUUGCAUUAAGAUCUACAGCUACCACCUGAGAAGAUACUCCACCCCUUAAAGGCCUGUCUUUAGGUGAAGACCCUUUUUGGCAGCAGAGAGUCUUCCAGUCUCAUCUCAAUCUGAUGGGAACCGGCAUCAAGAGUUCAGAGUGGUUGUGCCAUAACCAAAGUGGGUUUAGCAUAGAGGCUGUCAUGGUUUGUGUUUAGAAACAAAAUAGCUUAUGUGGUGGUGGUGGUGGUCUGCUUUUUCUUCCUCUUUUUCAUAUAAAUCCAUUCAACCAUCCAAGGAAAGAACCCAUCCCUCUGGAGUAUGGAUGCUUUGCUAAAUGACUGGUCACUCCAUAAACCUCACCUUCUCUCGCCACAUCUCCUACACUUCCAGCUUCAACUGUUGUAACUUUCUUUGUGCCAUAAACACUGAUAGACUCCUCUAAAUCACCUUCCCUUGGAGCACUAGAAAGCCAACCCUCUUCUCGCUGUGGUACUCACAAGGAACUGAGUAGCAGUUGCCUGGGCGGCUACCAGAGCAUGCAAGUACUGAUUGCAGCGCUGCCUACAGUGCAGUAGUCCUCUUAAACCACGUGGAGAUGGAGCUGAGCUUUCAGACUGAGGUGGGAGGGUUUUGUCUCUGUUUUUCUGGUAAUCAGGACAUAGUCCCUGUCGUGCCAUUUUGUCUGUUGGAUGUGAAGUGAGUGCUGUGCAAUCGUGGGGAGAGCGAGCUGAGCCUGGAAACUGCCCUCUGAUGGCAACAGGGUUUUUAUUACUACUGAGGGUUCUGUUAGGUAGAAAUGGGGUAGAGAGGGAGGGGGCUAGAGAAAACAAAAUAGUGAGGGGGAAUCUACAGUUGAUAUUUACUGGUUGCUUCGUUAUUAAAUGUAUCCUGGAAACUGUCUUUGAUGUAUUCUGGAAACUGUCUUUGGAAGGUAUGUGUGGUACCUAAAGCUUCCUGGGGAGGGGAAAGGGUGAAGGGAGUCAAACUGGGAGACUGUAGUCAAUGAGAUGAAAUGCAGCGUACCCUACCUUCACCUGCACUUCACUAUCCUGCAUUCCAGACCAUUGCCUUCAGCAAUGGCUUUCUACUCAUCUGCACUUCUUAUGUGCAAGCUACUCACUGCUGAGAUGGGGAAGGGAGGGGCUCUUUCACUUUUAUUUUUGUCAUACUCAGAAGCUUAGCUGGUUGGUGCAUUUCCUAUUUUCUCUCUUUUUUUACUCUUUUUUUCCCCCUUGCACAGCAAAACACUGCAUGCCUCAGAUUAUUUUUUUUUUGGUGGCAUCAGCAGGCACCAGAGUUGAUGUUCCUCACGGCUUUGGGCCAAAUGAAGCACAAAACUGCAGCUGUGUGAACCAAGGCCCCCACAGUGCUACUCUCCUGGCUGAUAAAUGUGUACCUCAGUGUGGUGCUGCUGGCCCAGAAUAGCUUAUUGAAGGAAAGAUGCAUUUAAAUAGGGCACGGUGGUAGCAUGUUAAUCUGCCACAGAUAAUAGUUACACUGCAGUGCAUUUAUUUGUUGCUAUCAACAAUGUGGCUGCAAAUUUGUGGGCACGACAGACAAUAUAAAAGCUGAUUUUAUGGUGGCUGCCAUGCUACAGCAAAUUGUUUUUUGCUACUUGUGCUACAUGUAUGCAACAGGUGACUUGGAUUUUAUUUUGUAAGCGCCCAUCUUCUUUCCCCUAGUGAAAGAGCAAAGUAAAACAGGCUUCAGAGCCUCUGCUGUUCCAGACAGUUGACAGGGUUUGCAUAAAAAGUGCUGGGAGCAGAUUUUGGUGCAGUUGUGUGGUUUUGCUUUUUUGACCCCUAGCCUUGUUCUGCUCAGCCAAAGUGCUGAAGAGAACCAGCACAACAAACACCCGGCUGUGUAGUGGAGGUGCCCCUCCAUCAGGGCAGCUUCUUAGUUUGCUAAAAUUCACUGGGGAAAGCUUGUGGAGGAAGGAGUAGGUGCUCAGAUGCUAGCGUGGUACUGAGGGAGCCCAGGGAACUGACUCCCCCAUCCCUCCUCAGCUGCUCGUGUGUUUGUUUGCCAAGGCUGCCAACUUGCAUGUAAUUAUUUACAUUCCCUGCCUUUCUCUUUUGGGUGGGAGGGAGCAGUUACCUAUGGUGCAUAACAGCAAUUCUAGGGAGCUGAUCUCACCUUUGAUGUGUGUUUCGGGGAGCUAAGGAGUGUUACUGUGCAGUUAUAACUCAAGAUGUUUUUGCCAGUGUUCUGGUAAUGGCAGUUCCUCUCCUACUGAUCUCUUUCACACAUUUCUCCUCUUUCUAAGAACUGCUGCAAGCAGGAAGCUACUGUGGACCUGAAUAAUUGAAGCAAUAUUAUCUAUGAUAAUAUGUACCUCUGACGUUUUCUGUUCCAAUGGAUUAUUUUGUUUUGCAAUAAACAUCACACUAGUAGCAAUAACACUUCCUGGAGUGCUUGAAGGGACAUAAAAACUGGUCCAGUAAACUGAGCAUUUGGGUAGCCCAGCCUGUUCCUGGUUACACAGUUCAAACAAAGCAUCUGUCAGCUCUUUCUCACUUAGAGAGUCAAGAAAAAUAACACUACCCUGCAACGCACUGGUGGGCCAGGACACUGCGAUCGGCGCCUGGGGGUGUGUGUUGCCUGCAGCUCUUCUAAGUCAUGGGUUUCAGGCAGCAAAGAGAAGAAAACCUGCUGUCCCUCACCCAGGGCACACACAUGUCCCCUGCAGCUCUUCUAAGUCAUGGGUUUCAGGCAGCAAAGAGAAGAAAACCUGCUGUCCCUCACCCAGGGCACACACACGUCCCCUGCAGCUCUUCUAAGUCAUGGGUUUCAGGCAGCAAAGAGAAGAAGAAAACCUGCUGUCCCUCACCCAGGGCACACACACAUCCCCUGACAGAGCUCAACGCUGUCUGUGAGGUGGUUCUGCAGAGCUGUUUCCUGCCAUCAGUGCCCCCCCACCAAUGUUGUGAUCGUCUGCCAAACGAGAUGAAAUGGAGUAGUUAAGGCUUGUGAUGAAAGAGUUUGGCUUCUGCUCUCUCAACCUGGAGGAAGAGCUCGUCUGGCUGUAUGUGUGUGCUUGGUUUGUAAAGAUUUGUGUAAUAAAGGAAAAAUUGAUCCAAUUAAAA